AUGAAGAAAAUCCGAGGUCAGUCUCCGGCAAUGUCAAGAGGGCUAAAUGCCUUCACUUGGCCCAAAGGGCUGGAGAUCAAACACUACCGAGAUCCGGAGCUGGAAAGGGCGCAGGAUACGGGGCAGCGUACUCUAAAGUGCGUGCUUCCCUCUGCCUUGUCUGCCGUGACACAGACUGGCAGCGUGGGCAUUGCCCUGCGCGGUCUGGCCCUGUCAGUCGACAUGGCCGAUCGUGUUGCGGCCCGCCAAGUACAAACUGCCGUUCUCCGCCUUCGGUCGACAUCCGCUGCGACUGCGUGA